AGUUUCUUAAAGAUGGACAUAGAGGACUGCAAUGGACGCUCUUACAUAUCAGGUAGUGGGGAUUCCUCUUUGGAAAAGGAGUUCACCUCCACGAUCGUGGGGCCCACAGUGAGCACACCAAACAGCCAGCACUCCUCCCCGAGCCGCUCCCUUAGCGCAAAUUCUAUCAAGGUGGAAAUGUACAGUGAUGAAGAAUCGAGCAGACUGCUGUCGCAUGACGACCGGCUCCUUGAAAAAGAAGACAGUGUGAUUGUGGAGGAUUCUCUCUCUGAGCCCCUCGGCUACUGUGACGGGUCGGGGCAGGAACCACACUCCCCUGGCGGCAUCCGGCUCCCCAAUGGCAAGCUGAAAUGUGACAUCUGUGGGAUGGUGUGCAUCGGCCCAAACGUACUGAUGGUACACAAACGCAGCCACACUGGUGAGAGGCCUUUCCAUUGCAAUCAGUGUGGUGCCUCCUUCACUCAAAAGGGUAACCUCCUGCGCCACAUCAAGCUGCACUCGGGUGAGAAGCCCUUCAAAUGUCCCUUCUGCAACUAUGCCUGUCGGAGGAGAGAUGCACUCACUGGCCAUCUCCGCACACACUCAGUCUCCUCCCCUACAGUUGGCAAGCCGUACAAAUGUAAUUAUUGUGGCCGCAGCUACAAGCAGCAAAGCACGUUGGAAGAGCACAAGGAACGCUGUCACAACUACCUGCAGAGUCUUAACACUGAACCACAGUCGCUGGCUGGCCAGCAAGGUGACGACAUACGAGAUUUGGAGAUGGUGCCGGACUCCAUGCUUCACUCCUCAGCCGACCGGCCAACUUUCAUUGACCGACUGGCAAACAGCAUCACCAAACGAAAACGCUCCACACCUCAGAAGUUUGUGGGAGAGAAGCAGAUGCGGUUUGGCCUCUCCGACUUGGCAUUUGAUGUCAACUCUGGCUUUGAGAAGGACGUGGAAAUGGUGGGUGCCCACCAUCCCAUGGACCCCAGCUUUGGCGGUUCACUGUCUUUCGUGGGGGCAGAGCACUUGCGCCCUCUCAGACUCCCACCUACAAACUGCAUUUCUGAGAUCACGCCUGUCAUCAGUUCUGUCUACACUCAAAUCCAGCCCCUGCCAGGUCGGUUAGAAAUAGCAGGAAGCCGAGAAGCUGCUGAAGGCCAUGAGGACCUUCCUGAUGGGACACAGAUUGUGUACCGGGCAUCACGGGAACCAAGCAUGGUAUCACCUAGCAAUGGUUGCCAGGAUUCCACAGACACUGAGAGCAUUCACGAAGAGAGGAGCUCCCAGCAGCCGCUGCUGCCCGGCAUUGGGAACUGCACCAGCAGCCGGCAGAGUCCGGCCUACGCCAAAGAGGACCCAAAACUGCAAGAGGGCAUCAUCCCCACCACUACUCGAUCAACUCCCAGCUCAGCCAAAGAAGCCCUGCGUGUGGUGAAUGAUGAAGGGGAACAGGUCUUAGAGACCCAUUCUCUGCUGGAGGUUUUAGACACGAGCAUUUGUCACCAACUUCUUUCUCCAAAAGCAGGCAAUGUCCUUUAUGGUGAAAAAAUAAAAUUGACCCUGUUAACCAGGAUGUGAUCCCGAAGAGAUAUCAAGGAAUUUUCAGCAAGGGACAAGAAAGAUGUUAGGAAGAGCAUCUGUGGAAUCAGCCUAGUAACCUUUCUUGUCACCACUAGAGCCAGGAUAUUCCUCCAGAGCUGGGAGUUCAAGCCCUUUCACUUCCCCUAGUUGUUCCUGUGCUUGAUGUGUGCCUCUCCAGUCAGUCUUCUGGAAAUGAUUCACCACUGAGCAGCUUGGGGGUUAACUGCUUAGCUUCUCCACUGGGCAUGACUGCCUUUUUAUUUGCACAGAUCAGUCGUAAGCCGUAUUGAUCUGUGACCAUCAAGCAAACACUUUUUGAACUCAUUAGCCGGAACUGACAGCAGCAGCCACAAAGUGACAGAAAGUCUGUGUUGGGUCCUGAUUAGCAUUUGUGCAAGUAGAACAGCACUUCUACUUGCACAAUUGGUGGGGGGGUGGCGUGGGGGGGGGUUUCCACCAACUCUCCUCUCCACCAGCAGACACCUGUGCCAUACCCCACACUAUUCCUGGGGGUCCCCUGAUUUUCAGGGGUGCUGGGAGCUGCAGGAUGGAGUGAGCAGGAAAGCCCCAUUCAGUGAGCAGGAUUCCCUGGAUCCCAGCUGCUGUCUUAAACAUUUAUGGGAAAGCAUACUGAACACCCCAAACUAAGAGGAUAGGUGUAUUUUGCAGUGUCUUGUUCCUUAAGAGGAAUCUCUUCCCCCAUUCAGGGAGGUGAAUUGCUUCUAGGCCAACUGGCUGCAGUUGCAUAGGAAGGGAAAUGCAGAGUAACUGCCCGCAAAACCAUUUGCCCAAGUUGUACACAGCGAUGAGUCCCAGCUUCUUCGCAGGUACAUGGACAGUGGUACCAGAGGGAGCAGUUGGCUUUCUGUGAUGCAGGUCCUGCAGGAAAACCUCCCCAUAUGUACUUAGUGUCUUAAUGCCUUGAUCACCGUGAAGGGCUGAAACCUCCAUCCCAUAGUCUGGUUGAAGAUUGCAGUUGACAACAGACUAUAGGCAAGGUUGAUAGCUACACUCGUCAGAUUUACACCGUCAUUCCUAUUAGUCAAAGAUGAACUUACUGGCUUUUUCCAAAAGAGAGUGCAAUUCUUGUAGAUACUUGUUCUUAAAGAGUGUAAUCGCCAGCUUAGAAGGCAGUAUAACUUGGGAGCUUGCCUUUAUCUAAGGCUAGAUUCCUUGGGAUGCUGGAAACACCUUGCCUGACAGAAAGAAACGUGGACAGAAGGUUAAAACAGUCUUUAACCUUAGUUGGGCAAGGGCCAUGAGAAGCAAGAGAAGGCUCUUGGUUUUACAUAAAUGCCCGUAAUGCAUAAAAAUAACUUGCUCAACAGCAGCCCAGCAAACUGCUUCCUUCUGGGAUAAACCAAAGGCUGUUCUUUUUCUACUUAAAACAAACACCUCAAGUUGCAACACUUGUUUUACUUUCCCCUUCUUUCUGUAUUGCUUUUUGAGAUGUGAAAUACUGAACUUUCUGAGCUGUUGAAGGCCAGAGAGGCUCUCUUUGGUGGGAAGGCCUUAUUAGACCGGACAUUCUGGGAAUUAUUCAAGGAGCUUGGUGGGAGAGGUGGAACUUUUAUCUAGUUGUACUCCACCCUUCCAUGCUUUUUCAAAGCUCUUAAUCAUUCUGGUACAAAGUCACUUUUUCCUUCUGUUCUCUCACUUGGGACCAGCUUAAGAAUGGUGUGUUAGGCUUGGAAGGCAUUUGAAACUGGUCCCAAAAACCUAUAUUGUAGCUUCAGCAGAUGAUGAAAGAAUAAAAUAUUAAAAUUCUUGUCAUUCUGAUUACCAUUGUGCAAUAGAAAUGAAGUGCACUGGGGAGACUUACCAAAUGGCUAAGGAGGCUUAAGAAUCCAAUUCUUGUCUUUCCAUGAGCAUUGCACUUCUAACUCCCUGAAAUUCCUUAGACCUGAAGAUAAAGGAUUUUGGGUUUUUGUUUUGUUUUCGUUUUUGGUCACUCAUAUCUCCUAUUGCUGUACAUAUUUAAAAAUUCAGCACUUUCUGUCUUACUGUUACACCUGAGUCCAUUCACAUGACACAGUUUUCUCCAAGACUUGGAUACUUCAUAAAAAUAUGUUCAAAUGAAAUGUCCACUGGGCUCCAAGGAUGGCAGUUCUGUCCUUUAAAUUGUCAUGAGGGCUCUCCUGUGACUGGCCAAGGUCAUGCAGUCAAGCUCUUAGAUGUCAUUUUUUUGAAUGUUUUAACUUCAUACUGGUCUAAAGGUUAGGAUUUCUCCUCUGCAGAUCUUGCAAAAGUUGAAGACCUAGGUAGGAUUAACACAUGUUGUUUGGUAGGAAGACAGCUGUAUUGAAUGAAUGAACUGGAGGUACAGUAUUCCAUUUGUGCUCUCUGUCAGAGAAAGCAUAUUUUAAAACUACUUCUUAUGUUACUUUUUUAAGACAUGGGUGGGCUCUCGGGAAAAACUUGUGAAGAGCCUCGGAAGAGCAGCAUGUUGGAAACCUGAUGUACAUUCAUUACACGUAAUAAAAAACCUCAAAGCUGAUUUCCAGCAUAAUAUUUGCUGCUCAUCCCAACAACCUUUUUGGCCCAUGUAAGUGUGCAGGAUUUUAGAUUUUUGUUGGAUCCUGCUUAUAAGAUUUUCCUUAGAAAAAUGAUACAUGAAUUUCACAAAUGUGAUCGGAGAGACUUAAAACAUUUGUCACAUGAGCCCCAAAUGUUAUAAUGGAAUUGAAUCUCCUGAGAGAAGAUAUUUGUACAUCUUCAGAUCCAGGUAGACCUGUGUUUAUAAAAGUAUAGAGAAAAGCAGCCCUCAGAAUCAACUGUGUGCAUGCUUUUUCAGUGUGGACCUAGGCCUAGAUAGAGUAUGCAGAAGGCACUUCUCAAUAUAUGGGUAGAAUUUCUUCCUAUAGUACCUGACAAAUGGCUUUUUCCUCCAAGUACAUGAGGCUGUCUGGACUCCUGAUCAUGGCACACAUGCAGCAUUGUUUUGUGCCUUUUAAAGGCCCUUUUUUCCAGUGUGCUUUGGGUAAAACUAGGUGUUUUAAAUAGGCAAGGAAACAUUUUCCAUAAUACCAAAGCAAAACAAAUAUUGAUAUUUAUGAAAUCAUUCAACCAAGGCCCCCAAUUACUCAGUCUUGCAUGGAAGGAGUGCAACCCUUUCCCCAGACCUAAGUAAAAAUAAAUAAAUAAAUCUCUGUGUUAAAUCUCUGCAUCAUUGGGUGAUGCCACAUCCAAUCUUCUAAGUAGAACAGGAAAUAAAGCCGAGAACAACAUUUGUAUCUGUUUUUUUUUCCACUCAGUAAAUCAGCAGCAUAGAAGUUUCACUAAAGCAAAGUGAAGACUUGUAUUAAAAGUGGGGGUGGGGUGGGGGGUGGGAAAGAAACUUGGUCUGAAAAGUUAAACUUUUGGAGUUGAAUUUCCAUCUAUCAUUUUGAACCCGAGAAAUGAUCCUCAAUUCCCUGAUCUUUUCCAUAGAUCAGAGAAAGAUCUAUGGAUGAUCUUUCAUCCAUAGAUGAGUUUUUUGUCUCCAGUAGACAAAAUUCUGGGAAGCUACAUAAUUUCUUCCAAUGCAGAGACAAAACAUUGGUAUCAAAAAUUGUAUUAAACCUAAGUAGAAUGGUUGCGUUUAUGUGCUUGUCAUCUUAAUACACUUGUCAAGUGAAGUAUGUAUCAGCUUCCUGACAUGCAACCUUAAUAAGAAAAUACAGUUGUGCAGUUAUCCCUGUUACAUUUUUACACAAUUUUUCCUGAUAAAAGUAUGAAUUUCUGACAGAAAAAUGAAUAUGAGAGUCAGCUUUUAAAGUUGGUUGCUGACUUCUUGAAAGCCAAAGGUGGCCCUUGGGUGCUUGGCUUCAGUUGGCAGUCACACUUAGAAACUGAUGCACCUAAAGUGUCAUUUUUACCGUUGGUUUAUAAAAUAAAAAAGCUACCCCUUUGUGCCUCCAUACAAAACCCACAUUCAGAAUUUUGCUGCCUCCUUUUUUUUUUUAGUGGGAGAAGAACCACUCUGUAUGAACUUUUUUCUGGUUCUUUUUAAAUCGGAAAUAUUGGGCAGUUCUGGAUUUAAAUGAAGGUGUCCAGAACAUCACCAUUGAACCGUAUUUACUGCACUGUGGAAUAGUAUGAAUCUUAACCCUGCUUCUAUUUUGAACUGGGGAGCAAGAAUCCGGUUUUGGACUUCACACCAUACCUCUGCUCUCUCCUUUUUGUGAAAAUGGAAACAGAUUUGUUUUUAGAAAAACAAAGCUCUGAACUUUCUAAGAAACCAGUGUUCCUUUUUAUUUUUGCUUUCACCUAUAUGAGGAGCCUAAAAAACAAAUGUAGGAAUUUUGUAAAACUCCAGGUCUCUUUAACUUGUGUAAAUAUAUAUAUUUUUAAACCAGAUGUAUGAAGAACAAAAAGAUGUGCAAUAUCCCCAACCCGCUACAAUAUUCUUCUCUUCUUUCUAAUGAGCUUUCAUUUGUAGGUUGUUAUUGGAUUUGCUGGUGUCCUUUUUUCUUUUUUCUUUUUUUGGUGGGGUUAAACUCGCUUUGAAAUAAAAGAAACCUCUUACUGCAAAAGCUUUUUUGUAUCUGUAAUAUAUUGUAAGUACAUAUUUGUGUAAUGGAGAUUAUACUACUGUUAAGUUUUGUACUGUACUGGCUGAAGGUCUGUUAUAAAUAAACAUGAGUAAUUUAACAGUC